AUGGCUCCAUUGAAGAUCCAACCGAUUGACAUAGAUUCAGAGAAAGUUACCGGACUUGUUCGAAACGAACCAGUUUCGAAGUGGCGUUUGAGGAGAUUCUUCGCGUUUGAGAAACAGUUUCCGAAGAACAACAACAACAAAGAUGGAGGAGGAGGUGGAGGAGGAGCUGAGUUGGAACCAAGUUCUGUUUGCUUGGCGAAAAUGGUUCAAAGUUUCAUGGAGGAACAACCGCAACCGCAACCUCAACCACCGCCUCUUAGAUGCGGUCGUAACCGCUGUAACUGCUUCAACGCGAGUAGCUCCGACGAGGACGAUUUCGAUCUCAACGGUUUUACACAUGAAUCUGUCACUGAUUCCAAUGACUCGCUCAAGAGCUUGAUUCCCUGUGCAACAGUUGAAGAGUGGAAUUUAUUAGCCGAUGCGACGAAGAUUGUUGAGAAGAAUAGCAAGGUUUACAAAAGGAAAGAAGAUUUGAUUAAGAUAGUUGCAGAAGCACUUUCCUCUCUCGGAUACGAUUCUUCAAUUUGCAAAUCAAAAUGGGAGAAAACCUCUUCUUGUCCUUCUGGUGAAUAUCAAUUCAUCGAUGCGAUUGUGGAAGGUGAAGCACUGAUAAUCGACAUCGAUUUUCGAUCGGAGUUUGAGAUCGCGCGAUCUACCGGAACCUACAAGACGAUCCUUCAAUCGCUACCGUACAUCUUCGUCGGGAAAAAGGAACGGCUGAAGCAGAUCGUGUCCAUCGUUUCAGAGGCGGCGAAGCAAAGUUUGAAGAAGAAAGGUAUGCAUGUUCCGCCGUGGAGGAAGCGCGAUUACAUGCUUGCGAAAUGGAUCUCUCCGUCUGCUGCUAGGUCAAAGCAAGUCGCCGAUACGGUGGCUCAAGAAACACCGACGCAAGAGACGAAUAGUGAAUCUGGUGAACUUGAGCUGAUUUUCGGUGAAGUGAAAGCGUCGCCGGAGGAAGUAGUUACGGUGAGUCCAGCGUGGCAGUUACCGGCGGUGAAACCGAAGAGUGUUGAAAGAGGAACGAAGGUUGUGACCGGAUUAGCCUCUCUGCUCAAGGAGAAACCGUAG